AUGCCACUGCAUUAUAAAGGCUCAACUUUUCACAGAGUCAUCAAAGAUUUUAUGAUUCAGGGUGGCGAUUUCACUACCGGUAAAGGUACUGGAGGAGAGUCCAUCUAUGGAGGCCUUUUUGAUGAUGAACCUUUUGUUUUGAAACACGAUCAGCCGUUUUUGCUUUCUAUGGCUAAUAAGGUCAUUUCUGGCAGCGAAGUUGUUACUGAAAUUGAGCACCUCAAAGUAAAUGCACGAUCUUGCCCCAUAGCUGAUGUUAUCAUCACUAACUGUGGAGAGUUGGUCAGAAAAAGGAAAAAGGAAGUUUCUAGCUCUGAGAGCGAAUCAUCCGAUAGGUGAGU